AUGAAGAUCGGUGUGAUCAUGUUUGUUGGGCUGAUUUUUAUCAACUUAUGCACCUGCAUGCCAAGAAAUGUGGCGAACCAUGGAUCUCACGAUGCAACUGUGCCACACAAGGAGAUGCGCAAUUUGAUGUCUAGCACUGAUGGAAGGAAUGGGCCUCCGAGCAACGAUCACCAGUGCCCACUUGGAACCUACCCUAAUUGCCAAGGGGUGUCCCAGAAUACUCAAGAAGCAGCUCUAGAUGUUGGAGGAAACUAA